AGAGCCCCCCGGGCGCUGAGGAGGGAACGGCCGCCGGGCGCUCUCCCACGGCCCCGCCGCGCACAAAGCGCCCUUUGAGGGGGAGCGGCCGCGGGGGGUGAAUCCUUCCCCCCCCCCCCGCUUCCAAACAUUGAAAUGAGGGGCGAAGCGGGGGGUGGCGGUCAGCGGAGCGGCGUUCUUUCAGCUCCGAAGUGCCGCGCUGAGGCAGAGCGCCGAGAGGAGGGCGGGAGGACGGAGGGGUUUUGUCGGGUGUCGUUUGUAGGAUUCUUUUUGUCGUUAACAACACACAAACACGUCGCUUUUAUAAAAGGGGGGGGGGAGGGUGGAGGGGGGGGGGAAAUGGCUGCGUUCCUUAAAAAUGGUGGAAGAUAAAAAUAAUAAUUAAAAACCCGAGGAAAACAAAACCCGCCCUUCUCCUCCCGCGUCCCCUCCUCCGCCGCCGCCAUUUUGUGCCGCCCCGCGCAGCGCCGCGAGCAGCGCUGAGCGCCCCCCCCCCCCCCCCCCCACACACACACACACACACACACACACCCCCGUUUAAUUGUAUCGCCCCCCCGCCGCCGCUUUUGUUUUACGCCGCUUAAUUUACUCAAAAAAAAAAAAAAACCAAAAACAUUUCCAUUUUUCUCUUUUUUUUUGGUCAUUUUAUUUCCCCGUUCUUUCAUCGUUCUUCCCGAUUUUUUUCCCCACUUCUCCCCUUUUCCCCUCUUUUUUAUUCCCCUUUGCCCCAUUUUCCUAUUUUUCCCCUUCCCUUUUUCCCCCUUUCACCCCCCCACGCCCCCCUAAUGGAAGCAGAGGGCAGCAGGCAGGACGCAGCGCUGAGCCCCCCCAGCACACAGUGCAAAGUCAUGAGAAAAAGCACAGAACAGAUGCUGGCACGGGGAUGCUCUGAGCGGAUCGUGAGUCCCGGGGCUGUGAUUUGUGCCCGCCAGCCCUAACCAGAACUGGGCUGUGGGGCGAGCAGGAGGCAGCCACGGCUUUUGGAGGGACAGAUGUGGUGGUUUAGCAGAGAAACGCAUGGGAAAUACCCCAAACCCACACCUCGCUGUGUGCGUCUAACACAGCCUGUGUCCAGGCAGAGCUGUGAGCGGCAAUCCGCACCAGCACGGCGAGCUGAGCGCAGCUCCUUCUGUGUGCACACCAAACAUCAGAACACGGAAAACAUCCGUGGGGAAGGAACGGUGAGGAGAUGUGAACGGCUCAGGUUUGAAGGUCCCGAAGCAUCGACUCAAUGGGAGGCGCAGGGGGAGAAGUUGAGCGGUUCACCGCAGAGCUGUGCGCCUUUGCUCCGUCCUUCUUAAAAUUCACCUCUCCUCUCUGCUUUGCGCAGCAGCCGGCGGAGCCCUGGGGAGCUGGAAAUGCAGAGCUGCAGGGGAUGGGGACAGGCGUGGGGUCCGGCUUUGUGCCGCACCGAGGGCCAUGUCCCCAAAAGAAGAGAUCCGAGCACUGACAGCACUGCUGCCCCGGGCUGUCCCUUCCCCUGCAGAUGUCCCCGUGUGGCUGUCAGUGCUGUGUGUGCACCCCAAACUUCGCCAUCUGAAAGCACGGGGAGCCCAUCUGCCUCCCCACGGUGCGGCUCACAAACGCUUCUUCUGACCCGAGCGAAAGGGAGAUGGGAAGCAAAACCUGUCCCCAAAAGUACCCCAAAACAACAAGCACAGACCUGCCCACAGGGACAAGGGCUGCUGGGGCUGAACCCGCAGCUGCCGCCCAGCUCAGGUGUCACACAGGUGGGGACGGAGCAGCCAGCAAAGCAAUGUCCUCAGUGGGCAAGGCGGUGACCACGGGGGCUGCUUGCCCCGAGCUGAGCCCAUCCUUGGCAUCCCCGCAUCGCCUGAUGUAGGGCCACUGUGUCCAGAAGCCAAGUGCCAAGAAACCUUUGGGAAAAGCACACUGCAGGAGCAUUCCCCACACCCAGGAGGUCUUCUGGUUCCCUUAUCCCUAUGGGCACGCACCAAAGCACCACAGCAGCCCACGCUGGGUACCUAAAUGAUGCUAAAACAACACCUGUUGGGGCAGAAACCGUCUUGCCCCAAGCCCCACAGGCCCCAUGGGCUGCAGGAGGGUCCCCACACCCACUGCAAUCCCUCUGACCCCUGGCCGCCCCAUGGCUCUCCCAGGGCCUUUCGCCCCCCCUCCCCUGCCACAGACCCCCUCUGCACAGCCCCACGGCACCCGCAGCUCCUCCAGCAGAGCCCCUGUGCCCAACAAAGCCUUCCAGCCAGCAGCGCCCGGCUCCUAAUUAUGAUUUCCUUCAAGACGAUCCCAGCAGCGAUAGACAAAACCGUCCCCUCUGGUCGGAGCUGGAAUGCCGUGUCCUAACGACGGCUUUUGUACCGCGCCUGUUGGAGGAAAGAGCGCAGCAGGAGGGGGGAAAGGGAGAUUUAAUUAUAGAGCCGCAUUGUGAUUUCGCACACAUAGCUGGCUGCUGUAAUCAGGUUACAAGUGUAGCUCAUUUUCCUCCCUCCCCUCCCUCUUCCUCCUCUUUUUCUUUCUUCUUUCCCCCUCUCCCUCUUUCCUCUCGGUGGUCCGAAGCGCUCCGUGAGAUCCGUGUGUCGCAGAGCCGCUCCAACAUUGGGCUGCACAGCACAUGGACCCACAUCCCAACACCCCCCCCCCCGCUGCCCCCCGGGUUCCCACAGCCCCGGCUGGAGAGGAGGAGUCCCUUUUCCCUCUCUUGGGGCGGGAGGAGGAAAACCAGAGGGGAAAACAUCUUUGGAGCACAACUUUGUAUGUUUUUCUAUCCAGGCAAAGCAAUGCUGCGCUCUGUUCGGGGCCGCUCUGAGGUUCAUUGAGGAACCUAUUGUUGUCCAUGUGAAUUCUUUUUUACAUUUCAAAUAACAGGAUUAUUUCCCCAGGGGGUAAUAUCCUGUAAUUUGAACACAAUAAUGGGAAUAAAUUACUUACUUAGAACUAAUAACGACAGCCUGAUUCCAAUAUAUAUAGGAACUGUAACAGCUUUGGUUAGUUAAAGUGUAAUUGUGUCGACGGAUGACAUUUUCUUUCAAAGGAAUCUGAAUGACUUUUAAUUAAAUUUGCUGAGGGUGGGGAGGGAGGGAGGGGGAGACGCCGGCAUCCCAGCGCCCCGAGCGUGGCACCGACGGAGGGGACCGCAUCCCCCAGGGUGCCGCUGCCGGCACCUGGCAUUGCCAGCGGGCAGCCCUGCUUGGUGCUGGGUGAUGCUCCACCUCGAGCACCAGUGACAUUCGGCCACUGGGAUGCAGGGAUGCUGCAGGGAGAGCGUGGUGUGUCCCCAUGUUGCUCCCCAUGCCCCGUGUCCCGUCCCCGUGGCACUUCUGCCCCGUGACAUCUCCACUGUCCCCAGCGGGUUCUGCUGCCGAUUGCUUUUUGUGUUUAUUUUCAGCCCUCGAAGUUCCCUUUGGAGAAGAAAGAAUUCACAAAAGCCAGCUUUCCACCCCGGCCCGCGGAGCGCCGAGUUCCUGCCCCGAAAUAUCUCGGCGAGGAGCGCUGCCAGCGGCUCCGUCCUCCUCCAGGACUCAUUUUCCUCUGUUUAUCUUGAAAAUAUUUCUGUGCUGAGGUCCCACCCAGCGGCACACAGCCCUGCACGGCCGCCUCCAGCCGACACACAGCCCUUGUUUAUGUGGAGCGGAGCCGACGGAGCGCAGGGCCAAUGCUGGAGGAGAGCCCCCCCAGCACAGAGCGUCCCGCCCCGCAGCUCCCCGCUCACCCACUGACACACAGAUGCCUCCAGUUGCUGGUUUGGGAGUUUCUCGUGGUUUAUGUGAUAAUAAUGGCAAAGAAUGCUGCGGUUGGAUCUCCUAGAGCUCUGCUGAGAGUUGGGCACAUCCUGGGGUGCAGCGAUGCUCCGUCUCUGGUCCACGGGUGUCUGCAACAACCGCCCUGCAGCGGGCACAGAGUUUUGCAAGAGGCCGUUGCAAAGGUUUCAGUGUGAAUGUGCUGGGCUUCGUGGCAGAGGGCUGGGAUGGGGACCUGGCUGUCCCCUCACCACCCCGCUGCAGGAUCUAACCCCGAUUUGGGGCGCCACCCCGAGCAUCCCCUCCCCAAACCGCUCCCCCUUCCCGCAGCAUCACGCCGUGCAAACACCCUCAAUCACAGCAACGCUCAAAGCCUGGCCAGCAGGAUUGAGUUACCUGCCCUGGAAGAAUAAAGGAGGCAUUCAGCCAGAGCUUACGCCUUUCCCCCUGCCAAGGCCCGACACCACGGUGACGGUCACACACAGAGGCACAGAAACACGAGCCCCGGUGACCCCGAUCUGCAUCCCCCCUCCUCCCACCCCACGGCACCGGGCAGAGCGCACGCUUUGCUUUGCUUGCCCGUCACGAGCUGCCUUAUCUUUUAAUAGAACCUUUAAGAGCAGAAGUCAGGCUACCCGGGCACAAAGGCGGCUAAAUCUCCUCCCGGGACAUUAAUCAUUUUUCUUUGACAUGUUUUGCUAAUUAGACGAAGCGUUUCCCUCGAUGGGGGGGGGGGGGGGGCUGGGAAAAAGAAAGAAAGAAGGGGGAGAGGUGGAAGAGAGGAAGGAGCAGGGCAGAGGGGCCGAGGUGUAACGCUGCUCCGUUCUUUGAGCACCAGCUUGCAGGGAGCAAACCCAGCCCACAUGGCUCCAACAUCAUCAGGACGUGGCGAUCACCGUCCCUGGAGGUGCCCCAGGCCGUGGUGGGCAUUGGGCAGCCUGAGCUGAGGGGGGCAGCCGGCCCAUGGCCACCCAUCUGUGCCUAUGGGUGUGUGAGCUGAGAUGCCCCACGGGGGGAAAACACAGAGGGUGAAGGUUUCUCCCCCCUGUGCAGCCACUGCUCGUGGAUGCAUGGAGCGUCCCAUGUGAUUUCUUAAAAUGCACCGUUUGUCUGGGAUUCCUGGCAAUGCCUGCUGCUGCACCCACAGACAUGGCCUGGCACCCCCACAGCCCACGGCUGAGGGCUCAUUUGGGGCUGUAGAAGGCAGCAGGAAGCCUCUGCCAUGGUGGCUUGUCAAUAGACCCUCUAACUGCAGGGACAGGGACAAGCUUGUCCCGGGCAGGACUGGCUCCUUUUUGCAAGAGUCCAACUCAGCUCCCACAGGACCCGAUGGUUUUUUUUUGUGGGGAACAGAAUAACCCACAGUGAAAUCGCUAUGAGGACGCACUGAAACAAAAUCCCGACAAGAAACCGCUGCCUGCUCGUGCCCCCCGGCACUGCAGAGCAUUCGCUCCCAUCGCUUACCAGCAGCUCCAACCCAAACCCUCCAUGUGCAAACCUUUGGGGCAGCGCUAUGGGGCAGCGCUGCAGAAAUCAAUCACAGCGCCGCACUCCCUGGGCGCGCUCCUCAUUGCUGCGGGAUGACACACUCUGCCCCUCCCCCCCCCCCCCCACCCCCCUCCCGCCGCCCCCACCACCAAAACAAAGCGCUGUUUCUAAUUUGGGGUGUUUGGAAAUCAUUUUCCAUCCCGGCUUCCAAACGAAACCAAAAAAGACAUUUGCUUUCCAGAGCACCGCGGAGGGGUCAGAGCUCUGCGGGAGAGCGAAAAGCCGCGGGAAAAAACGAGUGCUGCACCCCCACACCCAUUUCCAAGAAAAAUAAAAUAAAUUACAAGAAGACAAUGCUGUUAAAUAUAGAGCAUAAAGCACAGCUCGGCACCAUUCAUCAUUCGGGGGGUGUUUUCGCCAACAUCUCCCCGGCGGAUCCUGUUGGCUGUUGCAUCCCCAGGGGACGCGUUGCGGGCGUGCUGAUGCUGGCCCGGGGAGCAGCAGAGGGGCGGUGGGAACCCCGCGGGUGCCUCCGCCGCUGUGUGAGAGCUGCUGGAAAAUCAUAGUCCUCUCCCGAGUUAAAUUCAGCCCUGGGAGCGCCGUCGGGCCGCGUCCCGGCGCGGUUUGUACAGCCAGAGUGGGGUGGAAAAAAGGAAAAGCCUUCAAGGUGAGGAAAGCGCUGUGGGAAGGUCGGCAUCCCAGGUGCUUUCGUGGGGAGAGUGAGGAGGAGCAUCCGGCACGCCGCAAAACAAGUGUUUUUCCAUAAGUUGCUGGUGGAAAGAGCAGAUCAGAGCAGGUAGCUGCGUCCUGCACGGGGGUCCCCAGCUCUGGGGUCUCUGAUAGGAGCCUCAUGGGUGGGGGAGGGUGCUUGGAGCAUCACCCCACUGCGAGGCUCCAUUCUGCCCAGGGUGAGGCAGGGAAACCAAACUGGGUUCGUGUCUGCAAGGCUUCAAUGGAGAACCCCAAGACAUGAAAGGUCUCCAGGCCAUGGGGCGGCAUCCUGGUGGUGGUUGGACAUGGAGCUGUGUUGGACACGGAGCAGUGGUGGAGAUGGAGCAGUGGUGGAGAUGGAGCACUGUUGGCCAUGGAGCAGUGUUCAGUCCACAGCAUCAGGGCAGGAUUUCCCACCCUUCCCAGCUCAAUUCCUGUGAGCAUUUCUCAUGGACACCCAACGUGUGCCAUCACUGGACUCACAACUUCUCCUCAUCUCCUCCCCACCUCCAUCUGCCCCCGAAGUGCUGCACAGAGCACUGGGAGGGCCCCGAGGAGGAAAAAAAAAAUAGAAAAUAAUCAGAACUGUUUAAAAAAAAAAAAAAAAAGCCACUGGAAACAAACAAACAGCUCUGAUUUAUCGCUCACGAGAAGAAAUGGUGCAUGUUGGAAGCAAGCACAGGAAGUCCUGGGGACAAUAAAUCCCGCACGGGAGCAGAGAACCAACACAGUUCCACGUUCGGGAACGCAGCGAGGAUAUGGAGACAGCGGGAGGGUGAAGGGGGGGAAUUUGGGGUGGGACCCCAAAGCAGAGGGGUGCGGAGCUGGGAGCGCUCUCCCCAUCACCUCGAGUUUUGGGAUGGAGCCCAGGUGCCGGCAAAGGGAUCCGCCGGGACCCCCCGCUCUGAUGUGGCCGUGUGAGGACGGGGAGCAGCGGGGCUCCGUCCCGACCUCAUCACCCGCGGAACACCAGCAAUCCUGGCUGUGCUGUGGGUACAGAAACAGCACGUCCCCACUGCUGGCCGGGGCUCCUGGCAGCCCCAGGGAGGAUUUGGCUGCGCAGGAAUUUGGAAGCUGCCUGAAAUCCCGAAGAAAUGAGGGAAGGCUGAGGAGUGUCGCUGUGAUGGAGGCUCAGCCCCGCCACGGCAGCUUGCAGCACCCCACGCAUGGCGCCGGCAGCAAACUGGGAGCUGUGGCUGUGGGAUAUCAUCCCCUCUUCUAUGGGGACACCGCAGGGGCUCCCCAGGACCCCCUGACCCCAUUCCCCCCCCCCCCCCCCCAUGGCUGGGGGUCACAUUUGUUGCAUCCUUUGGGAUGAGGCAGAAAA